GGAUGGUGACAGGAGGACGUCAUUACUAAGAAGUUGGGCGGAAACGAGUAGUGAUACCGGAAGUUGUGCCAGUAAGGCGAGAAACGAUCAGGGAAAGGCGAAAAAAACCGAAAGAGGCGUCAGUGAAAAGGGAGCGCUGCGGGAUGUCGGAAAAACUUCGUGAAAUAAGGAUCACCUCCUUUUCACCUCCUUUUUAAGCUUUUCAUGGUGUUAUUUCUGUAUCUAUCAGGAAAAUGACAACUCUGCCAGAAACAGAGAACACAUCAGCUGACUAUGCCACCUCACCCAUCCGUGGAUCUGGAGAUGGCAUGGAAACAGAGCAACCAUCUAAAUCUGUUGAAGUUGUCCACACCUCACCCAGUCAUGCCCGACUCAGCCCGCACAAGAAAGCUCUUCCUUCUAUAAGUCCUGGAGUUCUUCAGCUGGGGAAGAUACAAGGUGAUCAAGCUGUGGAGAUUGAAACUGUCCGAAUCCUGGUUCCUAAAGCUGCAAUUAAGCAUGUUGUUCCUUCCAAAAAUGCCAAGGUGUCUAAGUCUGUAGGACAUCAGAGGGAAACACUCAGCCAAUCAGAGGGGAUUUCAGAAAAUAAGAAAGAUCUAUUGGAGCUAAAAAAUGCAAUUGAAAAGCUCAGGAACUCAGAAAGAAGGUUGCUGCAGGAUAAGGAAGGUCUUUCCAACCAGCUACAUGUACAGACAGAGGUCAAUCGGGAGCUGAAGAAAUUGCUUGUUGCAUCUGUUGGGGAUGACCUGCAGUAUCACUUUGAACGCAUGGCUCGGGAGAAAAAUCAGUUGAUUCUUGAAAAUGAGGCUCUGGGUCGAAAUGUGUCUCAGCUAUCUGAACAAUUAGAGAGAAUGUCAAUACAAUGUGAUGUCUGGCGGAGUAAAUUUCUAGCAAGCAGAGUCAUGACAGAUGAAUUGACUAACUUCAGAGCAAUUCUCCAGCGUCAAACUAGGGAUGCUCAAAGUGCAAUUCAGGAUCUGCUAAAUGAACGGGACCAGUUUCGGCAAGAAAUGAUUGCUACACAAAAAUUGCUGGAAGAGCUGCUAGUUUCUCUGCAGUGGGGGAGACAACAAACUUACUAUCCUAGUGCGCAGCCUCUCAGUACUGCAGAACUUGCAGCUGUGAAUCAAAGACUGGCUAAAGCUGUGACCUCUCAUCUUCUUGGAAAUGCUGAUGCAUCUAACAGUCCCCAAAAGAAUUCCUCACCUACAGAACUCUGCAAUACUCCUGCUGAAAAAAUGGCUGAAAUGGUAUUAAGAAUGCUGGAUCCUGGUGCCUGUACAGAAGCAUCUUGUGAACUUUCUUUUCCUGAGUCUUCACCAACCUCUUUCCUUUCACCAAAGAAGAAUAUUGGACGGUUUCACCCAUACACUAGAUAUGAAAACAUCACUUUCAACUGCUGCAAUCGCUGCCAAGGAGAACUGAUAGCUCUUUAAAGUUGGCCCAGUGCUCUGCAGCUAGAGCUGUUGCAUCAGUACACUUUUGCACAGAUCUACACUGUUAACUCUUCUGUGGUUUUUCAUAGGGCUUUUAUGCUGGUCAAGCAGUUUGGCUUGUACAGGAUUGCAGCACAGUGCAAUAGCACAGCUGCUUUUCUAGACAAGACAAUGCUAAAACAGUAUGUUACACUGUACGUAGUCCCUUAAAUUCACACAAAAUUUGUAGGUGUGUGAAUGCAAAGAUUAAUAAACCUGAAAAGCAUCAAACCUUGAACAGAAGUAGGCCUGUGCUGUUCUUGGGGUCAAGUGAUUUAAAAUGACAGUGUAAAAUGUUGAAGUUUUGUUUCAGCAGUCACAUUACUUGAGCAAGUACAAAUCUUUUUCUUUUGAAGAAAAGGCCACUUGGUAUAAACUGUUUAAAUAUCCUCUAUCUUGAUUGCAACUAAAUGAAUUCUAGAGUGUAUGAGGUGUUGUACAUGAAAUUGAAACCAAAGAGCAACAAUAUAGAAAGCUUCUUCUGGUGCUGUUACUGGGUAGGUUGAUCUUUCAGCUGUACCUCAAGAAACCAAGAUGUACAUGGUGGCAUUUUUUCCCCUUUUAAAGUUCUAGUAUAGUAACAGUGUGUAUAUAUAUAUAUAUAUAUAUAUAUUGGUCUGGGUUACUAACAACCUUUACAAUAAACAUUAAUUGCAUAUUUUUCUUUUUGAAUAGAUUUUACACAUUUGUAAAACUGGUAAUCUUGAUCAGUUUUCUAAGUAACACAAAUAUAGAAAUGGUACACCAUGA